AUGCAGGCCAGCGUCGCGGUCGCGGAGGCGCUCGAGGCCGGGAAUCUUUCGCCUCCGCCCGUCGCUGGAGGUGCCGACUUCGCCGUCGCCGCCCUCGCUAUGGUCGUCGCCGCGCUCGCCGUCGCAGUGUCGUUCGUGCUCGUCUCCUACGACGCGCGCGCGCGGCAGGGCAGGCUGCGCCGCAUCCUCGACCUCGGUCCCUCUCUCCGAAGCCCUCGUCUGCAGCUCGCCUUCUUCGCGGGGCUCCUGGCGGCCGCUGAGAUGCUCCGGCUUCCGUUCUUCCGCCGGGUCAUGUGCCCACGCCGCCACGUCAUGCCGUGCCUCGCGUACCCUCUCAUCGCGCACGGCAUCGCCGAGCCGGGGCUGCUCGCAUGCGUGCUCCUGCUGCUGCGCGCCUCAGUUGGCGGUGCGCGGCUGCCGGGGGCCGCGCUCUCCUUGCCGCUCGCCUGCCUGCCGUUCCUCACCGCGCACGUGCUCGUCCUCGCCACGCCGGAGACUGUGGCAGCUUACCCUGGCCAGCUCGCGCACGCCGCGGACGGCGUCGGGCACUGUGCGUACCCGGCAUACGCCGCCCUGCUGCUCCUAGCGCUCGCCGCGGUCUACGUGCCGCUGCUCGCGUCCGCAUGCUGGGACGUGGCCGCCGUCGCCAUCAAUAGGCGGGUGCGUUCGAGGGCGUACGCGCUCGCCGCGCUCGUCGUCGUGCCGCUGCCCGUUCAGGUGGUGGUCCUCGCCCUGACUUCAGUGUGGGACACUCCGCGGUACACGUCUCCGACGGUCGGUCUCAUCGGGUUCCUCGCCGUGGGGAUAGCCGCUGCGGCUACGCUUGCCAUCCUCGUGUUGCUGCCGGUGUACGACGCGCUUGCCCUUGUUGAGCAGCAGCCGGUGGCGGCCGCCGGCAAGGACACGCGUGAGCUCGGCAGAUGACAAUGAAAUUUCCCUGACAUUAUAGAUCAGUUGUACAUUAUUUUAUUAUUAGUAUACAAUAAAAAAUAAGAACAUUUUCUGUAUGCCUGCUCCUUGGUGAACAGGGGUUGAAGAAUCGAAUA